AUGAGCGCGUCGGAUAAGGUCGUUGCGAACUCGAAUUUCACCCGCGGGGUGGUGAGCGAGGUCUUUGGGUCGGAGAAGCUGGGUGAUGUGCGGAUUGUCUAUCCCUGCGUCGAUAUCAAGACUGGUGCGCCUGUUGGGACUGAUGAGGGUUCGUUAUGGGGUGGGAAGAAGAUCUUGUUGAGUGUGAAUCGGUUCGAGAGGAAGAAGGAUUUGGCGUUGGCGAUUCGUGCGUAUCAUGGUCUGGGGGAGGCGAAACGGAGGGGGACGCGGUUGGUGAUUGCUGGCGGUUACGACAAUCGGGUCCAGGAGAAUGUCCAGUACCAUCGGGAACUAGACCAACUCGCCUCGAGUUUGGGAUUACAGACCGCGACCUCUAAAACGGUCAUCUCUGCCCUGUCCAUCCCUGACUCGAUCGACGUCCUUUUCUUGCUCUCCGUACCAACCGCCUUCCGGGAUACGCUCCUCUCGCAGGCAAAGUUGCUUCUCUACACCCCCAUUAACGAACACUUUGGUAUUGUCCCCGUCGAAGCCAUGCGCGCCGGGAUCCCUGUCCUCGCAUCGAACACAGGUGGGCCGUUGGAAACUAUCGUGGAAGGUGAAACGGGCUGGCUUCGGGACGCAACGGUCGUCGCAGAGUGGACUGCGGUCAUGGACCGGGUUCUCUACGAGAUGGACCGGAAGGACUUCGACCGCAUGUCCGCCGUGAGCAAAGCGAGAGUAGAGAAGGAGUUCUCGCUGACUGCAAUGGGUGACAGGCUCGAGGAGGAGAUUGCGGACAUGCUCAGCAAGCAAAGGCGACCAUUCAGCGGGUUUCACCAACUAAUCUUCGUCUUUGCCCUGUUGGGGAUUGUGUCUUCUAUUCUUGCUGUGUGGGCCGUGAAGGUGAUCUAG